UAAAGGCGGGAAAAGCAGCAAAAAAGUCGUGUUGAUUUUUCAACCUGAUCCAUUUCCCAGCAGUUUCCCAUCUGCUUGACUUGACUUCCCCGCAGAAACUCUGCUCUCCUCUUCUUCUUCCGUAAUGCUUUCCCCAAUCUCUCUCAAACCUGAUCCCUAACUCCGUUUCCUCUCUUUCUCCACACAAUUCGUUCCCUUUGCUUCCAUGGAUGCCGAAUCUCCUCUUCCAUCACUUCCUUCCAAUCCUCACCGAUCAGCGACUGUUCUCCGGGCAGUCUCUCGCUGGGAACAUCGCUCGGAGCAAGAACUCCACGCCGUCCUCUCCUCUUCUCUGGCGGCGACGGAAGACGGCAAGAAUAAGUACGAGGUGUUCGUGAGCUUCAACGGAGAAGACAAUCGCAGGGGAUUUACCACCCACCUCUGCCAUUCUCUCUCUUCCAAAUUAGGGAUUUCGGUCUUCUACAAGGACGAAAUCAGAUUCGGGGCAUCCGUCACCGCGCCGCCGGAGCUUCUGAGAGCGAUCGACGGUUCCCGAAUCGCGGUCGUCGUAUUGUCGAGGAACUACGCCGAUUCUCCCUGCUGUCUCAACGAGCUGCUUCACAUCCUUCGUCACCGGAAAUCUAGAGGCCUACCAGUCAUUCCGGUUUCCUUCGACGUCGAUCCAUCUGAUUUCAGGAAACCUUACGGCGGAAGAAGUCAUAGCUCUGCGGGCGACGAUAAGGUGCGGAGGAGAUCGAGAGAUGAUGCUUUGGCGGAGCUCGCUGAUCUCCCCGGAUUCGCCACCGCUGACUAUGGAAACGACAUGGAUAUGAUUAGGGGAAUUGUAGCGAAGAUAUGGAACGAAUUGAACCCUAGUACUACAGUUCCAAGCAUCAUCAGCAGCAUUAAUCCUCUAGUUGGAAUGGAGAAACGUGUAAAUGCAGUGAUCGGCUUGCUACAUCUAGAUGCCACUACACCGGAUGGCAACGAUGUUCGUAUGAUUGGAAUCUGCGGCCCAGCAGGGAGCGGGAAAACCACGGUCGCCAUGGCCGUUUUCGAUGCAAUUCGCUCCGGAUUCGAGUCCAGCACUUACAUCGCCAGCGUCGGGGAAUCCUCCACAACACGCACAGGGCUGUUCCGAUUGCAGAAGCAGCUGGCCGGCGAAAUUGGUGGUGAAGGAGUCGAGAUGGGGACGUGGCCUGCCGCGGAGGUGUUCGAGAGGCUGAAGAGGGCAUACAGAGGGAAGAAGCUGCUGCUGAUUCUGGACGGCAUCACCCACGAAGUGCAGCUGUUUCGCCUGGGGGCGGAUCGUUCCCUAUUCGGGCCAGGGAGUCGGGUCAUUAUAACUUGCAGAGAGCAGUACCUGGUGAACAAUGACUAUCAGACCCGGGUGGAUUCUUUGUACGAGACCCAAUUGCUGGACAAGAAUGAAGCUCGUGUUCUACUAAGCCUGGUAGCUUUCGGGCAGGAGGAUUUCUUGGAAGAUUACAGGGAUGUGGGUGAGCAGAUUCUGGAUUGUGCUGGCGGGGUUGCCUUUGUGGUGGAAGUUUUGGGCCGUUCCCUUAGGGGGAGAAGCGUUUCUGAAUGGGAAUACACAAUUGAGAAGCUGAAAAGAAUUCCACCGCCAGAGAGAUCGCAUUUAGAGGUACCUUAAAGUUAAAAAAAUGCGAUUUCCGGCUGCAUCAUGGAUUCUGCACUUUGUCUUCUCCACGUUUAGAAAGCUCAUCCCCUCAACAUGCAGCACCAGCUCUGGUUCUCUUUAGGGAUGGCAACAAAACUCGAACCCAUGGGUACCCACCCGACCCAACCCGGUCAACGCGGGUAAAACCCGUGUUGACGGGUUUUGGGUUGGGUUUGGGUUUAAAUCUGCUACACUAUUCAUCGGGUUGGGUUUGGGUUUAGAUAAACCCGACCCAUGGGUACCCGCCCACACCCAUAUAAUUAAUUUUUCCGGGUUAUUUGCAAUAUAUCUUUCUUAAAUAACUAAUCUUCUUUAUGUUUGUGGAGACAUGUCUAAUUUAUUCUUUCUAAUUGUGUACAAUGAAGUUGAUAUUAUGGAGUGGAGAGUGAAGAAGUUUAGUUGACAAGGAGGAAGGAGCUUUCAAUUAAUCAUGUUGUUUAUAGAUGUUUAUCUUUAAUUUUGAACAAUUUGUAUUGAUAAUUUCGGGUUUGCUUGUAUGCUCUAGAUUAGUGUUUUUUGUAAGGAUAAUUUUUAUGAGAAAAUUGAUGUUAGACUUUUAUUUUGAAAGAAAUUUGUUAUUGUAAA